AUGGAGCAAGAGCAUGUAGGUACUGCUGAAGUUGGGAGUGAAAGGGUUAAUUUUGAUUUCGGAUUUGGUGUAUCUGAUGGUCAAGUUAGGGAUUCAGAUACCAACUAUGGGAACUCCGAUGAUUUACGAAGCAUUCAUAGUGAAGAAGAAGGCAAUACAGCUUCAAGAAAGAGGGCUUUCAAUGAUGCUUUUCAUGUUAGGACAGAUCUGGAGGAUCCAGUGUUUAGAAAAGGCUUAAUAUUUGAGUCAAAGGCCACUCAAAAGGCUGCAAUCACCGAAUAUUUAGUUAGAAAUAACAGAGAGAUUAAGUUAAAAAAGGAUGACGCUUGCAGAUUGAAAGCCAAGUGUCAAGGAGAUUGUCCAUGGGUGUUGUAUGCUACUAAGAGCAUAACAAGACCAGUUGGGUAUUUAGCUUAUUGGAGGGCUGACCAAAAUAUUUCAGUUACUACAUUCAUGGAGAGGGUUAAGCAGGAUGGUUUAGGUGAUAUCUCACAUUGGCAAGUGUAUAGAUCAAAGGAGAAGACACUUGAAAAAAUUAGAGAGAGUGUGGUGGAACAUUACAAAUUGUUGUGGGAUUAUUGUGAGGAGUUGAAGAGGAUAAAUAUUGGGACCAUUGCUUUGGUUGAGGGGUAUGCUGGAGAAUUCAGACGGCUGUAUAUUUGCCUCGGAGUAUUGAGAGAUGGUUUUAUUAGGGAUUGUAGAAGGGUGAUUGGGAUAGAUGGUUGCUUUUUGAAGACAGAACUUGGUGGUCAGUUGUUGACUGCGGUUGGUGUUGAUGCUAAUAAUGGUAUGUAUCCAUUGGCAUAUGCAGUUGUUGAAGUUGAGAAUGGGGAUAAUUGGAGAUGGUUUUUAGGGUUAUUGAAGGAUGAUUUGCAUAUACACAACACUCAGCAUUGGACAUUCAUUUCAGAUAAGCAAAAAGGGUUGACUAAUGCAAUUGAGUCCUUAUUUGAAAAUUCAGAGUACAGGACAUGUGUUAGACAUCUAUACAACAAUUUUAGACUCUCUCACAAGGGUUUGGCUUUAAAGAAUUGUUUGUGGGAUGCAGCCAGAGCCACUACUGUAUCACAGUGGCUUGAACACAUGCAACAGAUGUUGGACUUGGACCCGGCUGCCUAUGAAUGGCUUGAAGGAUAG